UAUCAGCUGUGCACGAAAGGUGUGUCACACACAAGUCUCCAAAAAUUAUACGUCUUCCAUUUUCGUUAUAUACGUAAACAAAGAAUACGCCACAACAAAAGUACCGCUAAACACGCACCAAAGCAAGCGCACCGCUGACAGUUGCAAAAGCAAUCGAACUUUAGCAAGAAGAAGAAGACGACGACGAGAAAAGAAAAAAAAGGGACGUCAGAGUUAAAAAAAUGUCGGCGCACAGCGGAGGUACGGAUUGGAACUCGGUUGUAAAACCACUUUUAUCAAACCGUACAAGCGCUUUGAACAAAAAUGAAAUAUCAAAUUUAUUAAAGGCAAUUACCAAAUGUGAACAUGAGUUUUUCGAUGAUGAAAGUAAUUAUACACAAUUCUACACAGCAUUUGCGGCUCUGGCAGCCGACAAGCUAAUGCAAAUUAAGUCGAUAUGCCAGACACAAAUUUCUCAAUUGCACGAUGCCAGCGCAGUGCUCAUACGUUUCAUACUCUUCCGGCUGCCAAAGGUGUCGGUGUAUGAGAUUAAAUGGCUGCUGGGCGCAUUGAAAAUGUUAUGCGAGGGUCGCGAGAGCGUUACCCAAGGCGCCCCUACACAGUUUGACUAUAAUGCGGUGGCGGCUGUCUUGAAGAGCGCCAAACAUCCAGAAUCGAACAGCAAGAGCAUCAGCAGCAGCAGCUGCACCAGCGUUGCUAGCAGCGCUACUGGCACUGAAAAAGAAUCACCCAAAUCGGAGAUAAAACGUUCCCGUUCAGAUCUUUCGACGGUUAUAUUACAACAGCUAUUGGCACCCCUAGAGCCUGGCAAAAUGACCUGGGUGCCAUUGAGCGAGGAAAUCAGCGAUUGCACAGAACAACUGCUGGCCGCCAAUGUUGAAUACUUCCAAGAACAGAACGGCGUGGAUACCUUACUUGACGUCGGCAUUUGUUUGCCUAUACUUAAUCGUUAUCGCUCGAAAUAUCAGGAGGCAAUUAUGGGCGGCAAGGCGUUAUAUUUGCCGCUCACCCAAGUGGAGGCUAGCGCGGUCAAAUCGGCCAUGGCACAUAUGUUAACCGAUCUGUCCAUAUUGGGGCAGGCGCAUUCACUAAUUGCUCUGCAGCCGCUGACUCCGAGCCGCAUCGAAAAGCUAUCGAUGUGCGGCAUAGCGGCGUUGUACAAUGCCGUACUCACCUCUAUAGCGGCCAGUGUACUGAGCAUGUGCCAGGCCAGUGGCGGUUCUCAGAAGCAACAGCCAGCUGCUGCGGCAACAACUAGCCAGGGCAGCGGCAAUAACAGCAAUGUUUCGACAGGGGCCAAGGAUCACGACGACUUCGAGGAACAGGCCUGCACGAUCGUAAACAAAGCGCUAGAAAUUUACACAAGCAUUGGAGAGAUGUUUAAGGCCUCCGCUCGCAUGCAUGUCUAUCAGAACCAUUUGUGUUAUGGCUCCUGGCUGCUUAUAAGUGGCAUUCAAGGCGCCAUGGGCGCUUCGGGGAGCAGCAGCAGUAGUAGCACCAGCAGCGGUUCAUCAUCAGGCAAAACGGCAGCCAGCACUGCCGAAUCGAAUGUUACACCCAGUACGCCCAUCGCGCGUGUUAAUCUGUUCAAGGUGCAGCAAGGAUUUGGCGAGCUGAAUGCAGCCAUUGCUAAUCAUAGCAUUAAACUACUCUCCGAGCUUAUAGAUGACUUAAAAAUUGAAUCAGCUUGCGGCGCGACCAGCAGCUCUGGAACUAUCACCUGCUUGGACGUGGAGCCAGCACAAUUUGAUAUAUUGCAAAAUUACACAGCUUUGCAGCGUAUAGUGCGUGUCUUGAACACGGCCACAUUGCAUCAACUGUUCACCUUCUUGGCCACUGUGGCGUAUCGCAAGGCAUGCACCUUAAAGCGAGCCAGUGCCAAAGAUCGCACCGAAUGUGAACCAAUUAGCUACUCAGACUCAACGACCUAUUUCAAUGAUUCUCUCUCCUGUUCGGACAACUCUGAGGAGGAUGACAGCGAAAGCUAUUUGGGCCAUUGGUUUAAAGAGACACUAUCACCCGAAACACAUGAUGAUAAUGCCAACGCAUGCACUCAGGAGCGCAGCGGAGAGCAAAAAUCUGCACUAGUGCCCAGGCUGGAUGAACCACAUGAAUAUCUGGAUUUGGCUGCAGACAUAUUCUGUUUCCUGGACCAGUUCCUGGCCAAUCGACAUGCCUACAUGCAGCGCUAUGUGAAGGCAGGCGUCAGUGAUCAGCAAAUGCUGCUCAUGGCGAAUAUUAUCAAAGACUUUGAUCGUGAUGUUAUGCGGCAGGAGGCCGGUGGCAAUCCGAGUGGCGCUGGUGGUGGUGGCGAAGGCAAUUGCUCCAACUGGCAAUCGGCAAUGAUUCGGUUUUCGGGCGCUGCCGGACGUUAUAUACACAACUUGAUCUCGACAUCGUUGCUCUCGGAGCAGCUGCAAUCGAAUCUGCUGCAACAUUUGGCCAUUUCACCAUGGUCCACAGAUACCAACAGUUGGCCACUUCAGGUCUACCCCAGCACUUUGUCCGUGCUGGUGCAGAUUCUGUUGUUGAAGCCGACGCAGGAGAAGGAGGCGGCGUGUUUGUCUGUCUGGCAUCGUCUCAUUAACACGCUGGUCGAGGGCGUUUGCUCGUCUGCUAAUGCCAGCGAUACUGACUAUGAGGACUUGAAUAUUGAACACGCUCAGCUACUGCUCUUCCUCUUCCAUUCUCUAAAUCUGAUGCAGAAGAAGUCGAUAUUGCUGCUCACUGCUGGCGGUGUCAUUCGCUGUGCCGAUGUCUGUCGCGGCAUCAGUGCGGAGCGCCCUGUUCGCAAUAGCCAAAUGAUGCUGCUCUCGCGUUUGCUGCUCUUCCUCGAGUAUCUCAUGAAGCAUUUGUACAAUGCGCCUCCCGAGCUGCUCGAUCAGGUGCGCUGGAAUCUGUUCAGUGUAAGCACCAUGCCGGAUACCCAAAAAAUUACGGACUUACUGAAUAGUCGAACCAAACUGACGUCCUAUUGCCGCCAAGACAUUGAGGAAAGGUUCCGCAAUUCCUCUGUGGGCGAUCUGAGCUCAAGCAUUCGUCCCACUUUUUACUCUUUGGUCACCGGUGAUUCUUCGAAGCCGUAUUGGGCCCAGGAAUUCAAAUUGGAUGGCUUAGCCUGGAAUUUUAUAUUAUGCACGCCGGAUAAGCUCAAGUAUCCAUUGCUAGUGGAUGCACUCAUUGAUAUAUUGGCCAUUACCGAUAUGUCUGCCUUUACCAAGGAUAAGGACAAUCUACAUAAUCUCUGCGCCAUGCAGUAUUGCUUUAGCAUCACCUGGAAGCUACUGCUUGGCUUGCCGCCGUCCACGUCUCAUGUGGAGUCACUUAAAACGGAGCGUGUGCCCAAUUUACACUCAUUGCUCUGGAGCAUACGCUGCCCAUUGGCCGGCUCGCAUUAUCUGGUGGUCAACAGCCUCAUCAAGCAGGGCAUGUACACCCAGUACGCGGAGUCUUUGUGGGCGCAGGUGGGCGAUCGCACAGCGGAUAUACGCUACAGCCUGAAGCAGACAAUGCUAGGCGUUGAGGUCUUCAACCAGCAACUAAACAAGGCUUCGCCGAAUCCUCGUCUAUCUGAUUUAAUCCUCUUCGAUGCCCUUAUUGCCCACAUGCAGGCUGUGGCCUGGGCAGAUAAGGAAGGCUACAAGGUACAGCGCAAGGAGAGCGACAGCGACAGCAUUACGUCAGAGAGUCGCGAUCGUGAGAAUUCAAGCGUAGCCACCGAUCCGGAGGUUUACUCUUCGAGCGAGUCCAUCGAUGAGCAGCAGUCGAAGCUAACAGACGACAGCAUACUCACGCCAGGUGAACUUCUCGAGCGCACACAGUUGAGCAACGAGCUGCUGGUCAAACUAAUGGAGUCCUACACUCUACUCUCGAAUAUUGUGAAGGCUCAGAUGCUGAAGCAGCUGUCCAGCAGCACGCCGGAGCAGGCACUCAAUCUGAUUGUGCCUGUUGUGAGCGAUAAGCCAGCCAUUAUGCUGGAGCUUCACGCUGCCUUCCUCAAGCUGCUGCCCAACGAGGAUAAGCAGUUGAUAGCGAAUGAGUGGCCCAAGUGUCUGUUAGUCAACGAUGACGCCUUCAAUGGCAAACAGCAUCCUGUGGAACCGUACACAUUAAAUGUGAUAGAUGCACACAUCACGGAGCUAACCAAAUCCUCGACUUACACCACGCUUCAUACGCUAAAGCAUUGCUUGAAGUCAAUUUUGCAUCUGCUAGAGCUGCUGUUGUCCUUCUGCACGACCAUUGGAGAUGUGGAGGCGCAGCUGAAGCCCAUGCUGAUUGCCUCCAUGAUGGACAUGCGCACCGAUUACCUGCAGAGCCAGAGCGAGCAGUGCCUGCGUGAGAUUCUGCAUGGCCUGACCAAUGAGGCGCAUAAGCAGCUGCUCUUCGAGCAUAUGAUUGGACACUGCUAUCACAUGCUGAUUGACUUUGCUGCCGAGCUGAAGCAGCCGCCAACUGGAGCUGUUGUUGCGGAGCAGGAACAGCGCGCUGUCUUCAAUGAAUCCAUGUUGUUUGCCGUACUGAAGACAAUGAUCAAAAUGCUGGAGGUACCCACCGCUGUGCAGGCGAUGCGGCAGUUCUUUAAGGAGCAGCGUGCUGGUAGCUUGACCACAUUAUUGCUCUCCUUCACGGGCACUACCCUGCCCUUGAGCUAUGCGCGCAAGAUGCUGCAGUUUGUGGAGCGACUGUUCGAGCAUGCAGCUGGACCGGAUGCACAUUUUCAGCACGAGGAAUUGGUUGAAUGCUUCGGCGAACUGGCGAACGUGGAUGUGGCACGCCUCAAGCUGUGGCUGGCCCACAUCAUCUAUGGACCCAAUGUGGUCGCCAACAAUAGUAGCUGCGAAGCCUCGUGCAAGCUGUUGACCAGUGUGAUGCAGCCUUCGAGCAGCUCCAGCAGCAAUGCCCAAACACCAACAAAUAUGGCGACGGUAUCGGCCAUGCCGAGCAUUUCGGAUCAGCUGGACGCCAUGGAUAUAGACUAUGAUUGUGGAGGUGCCGGCAAUGCAGCGCCGAAUACAUCUCAGAUUUUGAGCCUGUGGCAGGGCAAUAAUCAGCCAAAUAAUCAAUCGGAGGACUCAUCGCAGGCAUGCGAUCAGCAGAACAACGGAAACCAGCCACGCAAUGGAGCUCUAUUGUUGAGCUUUGUGAAGUCCCUGGUGCGCGAGCAACCAGCAGCGGCACAGUUAGCUCCGCCUCUGUUCCAGGCCCUGCUGCAGUUGGGACAGACAUUGAUAACGCCGCCGCAGGAUGGCUGCGAUUUUGCUGAUGUGCUGCAGAUCAUGAUAACUCUGGCGGAUGCAUCGCCGGCACGUGGUCAUGUGGCACUGUUCAAUACCACGUUGCUCUGGCUGGAGUUGGCCAAGCUGGAGCUAGCCAAGCUGCAGUUGCGCCAUGCUGAGAACGUGAGCGCUCUGCUGCGUUACCUGAGCGAACUGCUGCAGGGCAUUGGCUAUCGGGGCAGUCGGCAACAUAUGCCCCCGUGGGAUGAUGAGCUGCAAUCGGACAUCGAUGAGCUAUACGAUGAACUUGUCGAUGAGCAGCAGGAACAGGACUCACUGCUAGACGACUCCGAUGAGGAUACGCUCAACAAUAAGCUGUGCACAUUCUCGCAAACACAGAAGGAGUUCAUGAACCAGCAUUGGUAUCAUUGCCACACCUGCAACAUGAUCAACACCGUCGGCGUUUGUUCCGUCUGCGCCCGCGUCUGCCACAAAGGUCACGAUGUCAGCUACGCCAAGUAUGGCAAUUUCUUCUGUGACUGUGGCGCUAAGGAGGAUGGCUCAUGUCAAGCCCUCAGUCGCCGUCAGCCCACUAGCGGCUGCGAUUCACGUGAUGGCUAUGUCUCGGCUCAUAUGAGCCUCUUGGCGGCCGGCAAGAAGCGCCAGUCGCCGCCUACACAGAUACGCAAGGAUUCACUGAGCAAUGAGCGCAUUGCAUUGCUGGGCAAGCUGCUGGAGCCGCAUCGUGAGGCACUGCAACAUCCGGAUCAAUGGCUGCUCGUGGUGCGCUGCAUUCUCGAGUAUUUCGAUGUUCUGAUGCCUUCCAUACGGGAGAAUUGCACGCUUUACUCGAUCGUGGGCUGUCACAAACGUGCCACAGUUGCACUGGAGCGACUGCAUCAACUCGAUCAGAGUUUCCAGAUCACUGACCAGCUAAUGUUUGCUACUCUGGGCUCCCAGGAGGGCGCGUUUGAGAACGUGCGCAUGAACUACUCCGGCGAUCAGGGACAGACCAUUAAGCAUCUGAUAUCGUCGGGCGUCGUGAGGCGCGUCGCCUUCUGCUGCCUGUCCUCGCCACAUGGCAGACGUCAGCAGCUGGCCGUCUCUCAUGAGAAGGGAAAGGUCACCAUACUGCAGUUGUCUGCGCUGCUAAAGCAAGCGGAUGCCUCGAAGCGCAAGCUGACCCUCACACAGCUCAGCUCGGCGCCCAUUGCGUGCACCGUGCUCUCGCUAGCAGCCAAUCCCUGUAACGAGGACUGCUUGGCCGUCUGUGGCUUGAAGGAGUGUCAUGUGCUGACCUUCUCCAGCAGCGGCAGCACCAAUGAGCACAUUGUGGUUACACCCCAAUUGGACAACGGCAAUUACAUCAAGAAGGCUGUCUGGCUGCCGGGCUCCCAAACGUUGCUCGCUUUGGUCACUUCGGAUUAUGUGAAGAUUUAUGAUCUGGCCGUGGACACGUACAGUCCGAAGUACUACUACCUUGUGGCAGUUGGAAAGAUACGGGACUGCACCUUCAUCUACCAGGAGGGUGCCUAUUAUAUGCUGACCUUUGCCAGCAGCGGCUAUAUCUAUUACCAGACCCUAGACGAACAGAGUCUGGCCGUGCACGGAGAUUUCUAUGUGACUAACACACUGGAGUUGAGCCAUCACCAUAUUAAGGAUGUGAAUGGACAGGUUGGCGGCGGCGGCGUCUCCAUAUAUUACUCGCACUCGCUUCAAUUGCUCUUCUAUAGCUACGCAUCGGGUCGCAGCUUUGUUUCUCCUUUGACAAAUGUCAAUCAAGGCGUUAAGGGCAUCUACCAUUUGGAUACGAAUUCGGCUGUUAGCAAAUCCUCUUCGAAAGGCCCCUUGCAGCCACUGGUCCAGUGGACUGAAGUAGCCGGCCAUCCCGGACUUAUAUACGCUAACAUGCAAACGUCUAACAAUCCAAUCAUAUUGAUGCUUACCCCGGAAUUGAUAUACAUGCAGGAGAUCAAGGCCCAAUCGGCCAAGUCACGCAUCAUGGAUGUCGUGGGCAUACGUCACUCUGUGGCCGGCACUGAGAAGACGACGCUGCUACUGCUCUGCGAGGAUGGCAGCCUGCGCAUUUUCUCUGCCCAGCCGGAGUUGACCAGUUUCUGGCUAUCGCCACGUGUCCAGCCGCUGGGCAAUCAACUCUACUCCGCCACAUUGCUAGCCAAGAGUGCCAGCGCUCUGUCCGCUGGCAGUCCGAAGUCGAGCAAGUCCAACAAGUUGUCACGUAAAUCGGGUGGCGGUGUUGGAGGUGGCGUCGCUGGUGGCCAGCAGAAGCAGUUGACGUCGGGUGGAGUGCCCGUUUUUCCCAUUGAUUUCUUCGAGCACUGCAACAUGCUAGCCGACGUGGAAUUUGGUGGAAAUGAUCUGCUUCAGAUAUAUAAUAAGCAAAAGCUAAAGACCCGUCUCUUCUCCACGGGCAUGUUCGUGGCCAGCACUCGGGCCAACGGAUUCACACUGGAGGUGCUCAACAAUGAUCCGAAUGUGGUUAUAGUUGGCAUACGCGUCCUGCUGGGCACGCAGGACACUCAGCGAGCACCGCAGUCGGUGACCAUAUUGGGUAGGACAAUUCCGACGCCAGUGCGACGCGCCCGCUGGUUUGAUAUACCGCUGACGCGGGAGGAGAUGCUGCAGUCGGAUAAGGUGCUUAAGGUGUGCUUUUCCAAGUCACAGGAUCCGGAACAUGUAACGCUGCUCGAUUGCAUUGAGGUAUAUGGCAAGUCCAAGGAGCUCGUCGGCUGGCCAGACGAUAGCGAGGAGCUACCGGCUACAGCGGGCGGCGCCAGUGCAGCCACAGCGGUUGCUUCGCCGGCCAGUUCGGCUAACUUUGGCGAGGGCUUCAAUUGCAUCACCCAACUGGACCGCAUGUGCACCCACCUACUCGAGGUGCUCGACUGUGCCCUGCAUUUGCUCGGCAAUGGAGGCGCCGUGGCUGUGGCUAUGCGCCAGAAGGCGAUUAAGACCGCCAGCGCCUUGUUGCUGCUGCCCACACCGAAUCCCGUGCAGACCCAGGCCCGUUAUGUGCUGGCCACGUUGUACGGCAGUCGUGGCUCGUACCAUGCCUACAAGGAUAGUGUCUUGCUGCAAUUCGUGCACAGCGAACUGCAGGCAAUGCUGCCGAAGCUAACCCAACUGGACACGUUGCAGGAUAUCGAUCCGGAGGCCUUUUAUCGCCUGAUAUUGCUCGUCCGUGGCAUCGCCAAUGCCCGGCCGCAGUCGCUGGCCAAGAUUUGCGCCGAGUGCAACUACGAUAUUGUGCCAGCACUGAUGGCCAUUGUGUUGGAGCUGCAUAAGGUAACCCCAGCCCUGGAUGAACCAACGAAUAUUGUGCGUCGCGGUCUAUGCCAGCCGGAGACGAUUGUCCACUGCCUGGUGGAGAUCAUGUACGGAUUUGCCCUGGCCGAUGCCAGUCAAGUUGGCCGCAUGACAAAGUACUUCAUUGAUUUGCUCAAGCAUGAUGCGAGCGUCAUUAGCCACAGUGCCAAGGAAGCGCUCAUCCUGCUGCUCAGUCCACGCAUCAAGCGCAGGAAGGUGGCCAUUGCAACUACGCCGCCAGCCUGUUCCACGCCCACGCCGUCGGCUUCGGCCUUCAGCAACAGUAACUUGAGUGCUUUGCAGGGUGCCGCUUCGCAGGCGGCCAGUGAUAUAAUUGAGGAGGCAGCUGCAGCGGCUGUGGAUGCAUCCGCUGUGGUUGGUGGUGAGGCCAACGCACUGCUCGAGGCGGAUCCACCAGGCGUUAAUCAGCAACAACAACAACUGCAACAGCAGCUGCUCAACUUGGAAGCGUUAAUGGGUGGCGGCUUUCCACGGCCGCUCGGUCUGCCCGAAGAUGCCGACGACGAGGCCAUUAUGGAUAUCGCCAUUGCCCUGAGCCUGCAGCAACAUGGCGGCGAUGCGAAUGCACUGCAAUCCCUGCAACAGGGCUUGGCCAAUCUGCAGGGCAUACGCCUGGCAGCAGCGGCUACGGCAAAUGCAGCGGCUAGCGGCGAUGCAGCCGGAUCGGAUGAUGACGAAGGCUCCAAUGUGGCCACCGAUGGCUCUACGCUGCGCACCUCGCCCGCCGAACCAGCGGGCAGCGGUGGCUCCGAGAGCGGCGGCAGUGGGGUCGAAAGUAUUGGCGGCACUUCGGCGCGCAGCAGCAACUUUGGUGAUCAUGCGAAUGCUUCGCCGCCGCGCCAGAGCAAGGAUCAGGAUCAGGAACAGCCGGGCACAAGCAGUGGCUGUGUCGCAGCACUCAGCGCCAUGAGCAGCAGCGAGGACAACGAAAUCAACGAGGAUGAGAAGCUGAACAAGCUACAUGAUCUGAGGAUUGCUGUGCUGGAGAGCAUCAUCGAGCACUUGAGCACAUUCGAUAUGUGCAAUGGCCUGCAGGCCAUACCGCUUAUUCAGGUGAUUUUGAUGCUGACCACAGACUUGAAUGGCAACAAUGAAAGGGAUCAGCAGGUGCUGCAUGAUCUGCUGACCGCGCUCGUCGACUACGUCGAGAUCGGCAAGCGAGGCGUGGCCACCAAGAUGGAAACAAAGUGUCCGGGCAAUGAGGUACGUCUCGCACUGCUUUCGCUCUUUGGCGUUAUGAUGGGCAAGACCAAGUCGAAGCAAACGGGCACCACUUCGCCGCCGCAUCAGUUCAAGGAUAACAGUUCUUUUGUGGCCAGCACCACGGCGAAUGUGUUGAGCAAACGAGGUGCCUUUGUCUAUGCACUUGAAGCACUCAAUACACUGCUGGUGCACUGGAAGCAAGUGCUGGGCGAUCCCUAUGCUGCCGGCGGCUCUGGCAUUGUCCAGCCGGCGGGUGGCAAUGUCAGUGGUUCGGGCACAGCUGGACAACUGUUGAAGCCCAUUAAGCACGGACCGAAGCCGGAUAUAUCGAUUUUGAUACCGCAUAACUAUUUGAAAAACUAUCCGGACAUAUUUGAGUCGUAUGAUGCGCUGCUCACCGAAAUUAUUGUGCGUCUGCCCUACCAAAUACUGCGUCUGAGCAGCGCCCAUCCCGAUAAUUAUGACAGCGGCUUCUGUGAGGCGAUGACCUUUACACUCUGCGAAUAUAUGAUGCUCAAUCUGAACGCGCUGCUGCGUCGCCAGGUGCGCAAGCUACUGAUGUACAUCUGUGGCAGCAAGGAGAAGUUCCGCAUGUACCGAGACGGACAUUCCUUAGAUGCACAUUUCCGUGUGGUGAAACGCGUGUGCAGUAUUGUCAGCACAAAGAACGGUGCUCCUUAUAAUGCGAAUCCGCCCAUGCUCAGCUAUGAUGCCUUGGUGGAACUAACCGAACAUUUGCGCACCUGUCAAGAGAUUAGCCAAAUGCGCACCGGCAACUGGCAAAAGUUCUGUGUAGUUCAUGAGGAUGCCUUGGCCAUGCUAAUGGAGAUUGCCUGCUAUCAGCUGGACGAUGGUGUCUCACCCAUUAUUAUUCAACUGCUACAAGCGGCCGUUUGCAAUAUACCACAGGCCAUGACCGGCGUCAAACAGCAACAGCAAUCGCAGCCAACCUCAACCAGCAGCAAGCUGCGUGGUGAGCGUGAGAAGAGCGAGGAUACGGAUACUGCAUACUACUCGAAAUUCGAUCCGGCUCAGUGCAGCACAUUUGUCCAUCAGAUCUUCCGCUAUGCCAGCGAUGCGCUCAUCAUACGCUUUGUGCGCAUCUUUUUGCUGGAGAACAAUGUGAGUCAGUUGCGCUGGCAGGCGCACUCCUUUAUGACGGGUCUCUUCGAGCACGCGAACGAGCGUCAGCGCGAGAAGUUGUUGAACAUCUUCUGGAAUCUGUGGCCUUUGGUGCCCAGCUAUGGUCGUCGAACCGCUCAAUUUGUGGAUCUACUCGGUUAUCUAACAUUGAGCACGAGGAGCAUUACGGAUCGUUUGCCGGAGUUUGUGUCGCGAGCAGUUGAGGUGUUGCGGCAACAAAAUGAGCUGCUCUGCAAGCAUCCAAAUGCGCCCAUCUACACCACACUAGAGUCCAUAUUGCAGGUUAAUGGCUAUUACCUCGAAUCAGAGCCUUGUCUGGUGUGCAACAACCCCGAGGUGCCCAUGGCCAACAUAAAGCUGCCCUCGGUGAAGUCGGACUCUAAAUAUACAACCACUACCAUGAUCUAUAAACUGGUGCAGUGUCACACCAUCUCGAAGCUGAUUGUGCGCAUUGCCGACCUCAAACGCUCCAAGAUGGUGCGCACCAUCAACGUGUACUACAACAAUCGUAGUGUGCAGGCCGUCGUCGAGCUUAAGAAUCGUCCAGCGCUGUGGCACAAGGCUCGCUCCGUCUCGCUGCAAUCGGGACAAACGGAGCUCAAGAUUGAUUUCCCUCUGCCAAUCACUGCUUGUAAUCUGAUGAUUGAAUUUGCCGACUUUUACGAGACGGUCAGUGGUUCAAGUGAGAAUCUGCAAUGUCCACGCUGCAGCGCAGCGGUGCCGGCGUAUCCUGGCGUCUGUGGCAACUGCGGUGAAAAUGUGUUCCAAUGCCACAAAUGCCGUGCCAUCAACUACGACGAGAAGGAUCCGUUCCUGUGCCACUCGUGCGGUUUCUGCAAGUAUGCCAAAUUUGACUUCAGCAUGUAUGCGCGGGUCUGUUGCGCUGUGGAUCCGAUCGAGUCGGCCGAGGAUCGUGCGAAGACCGUACAGCUAAUACAUAGCUCGCUGGAGCGUGCCGAUCGUAUCUAUCGCCAGCUGUUGACCAACAAACAGAUGCUCGAGCUGCUCAUCCAAAAGGUGGCCGAGCAUCGCAGCAGCGAUCGCCUAGUCGAGGACAAUAUGGGCAGCGUGCACAGCACCUCGCAGGUAAACAAGAUCAUCCAGCUGCUCGCCCAGAAAUAUUGUGUGGAGUCGCGCACCAGCUUCGAAGAGCUCAGCAAGAUUGUACAGAAGGUUAAGGCCUGUCGCAGUGAACUGGUUGCCUAUGACCGUCAACAACAGGAUCAGCCGGCGGCUAGCAUGCCGUCUGGCAUUGAGGCCAAUCACACUACAAAUCGUUGCUAUGGCUGCGCCUUGGCCUCCACGGAACAAUGUCUGACGCUGCUGCGGGCCAUGGCCUACAACUACGAUUGCCGUGUGGGCUUGUAUAGCCAGGGCUUGGUCAGUGAGUUGGCCGAGCAUAAUUUGCGUCGCGGUACUCCGCAAAUCCAGGAGGAGGUGCGCAAUCUGCUGGUUGUGUUGACCAAAGACAAUGCCGAGGCGUGCAUGCAUCUGCUGCAGCUGGUCACGACGCGUGUCAAGAAUGCCUUAAUGGGCGCUAUACCUUUGAUCAGUUUGGAGGCGGCUGUGCAUCAGGAAAUGACGCUGCUGGAGGUGCUGCUCGGGCAGGAUGAUGUCUGCUGGGAGUACAAGCUGAAGGUUAUCUUUGAGCUAUUCAUCAGCAACUGUCGUCUGCCACGUGGUCCUGUGACAUCUGUGCUGCAUCCUUGCUUGCGCAUCAUGCAGAACUUGAUUUGCCCUGCGUUGCCUAGCACUGGCAACAAGAACAACAACAACAACAAUCAGCCACAGCAGCAACAACAGCAGCAGCAGCAACAACAACAGCAGCAGCAGCAGCAACAACAGCCAUUGGGUCCCACGGAUCUGUGCAGCAUUAAACUACUGGACGGCAACACCAUUGAUUAUCGCGCCUGGCUUAGCUCCGAUCGCAAUCAUGAUUAUAACGCUUGGAGCAGUCGCAUGCCCGCCAACAAAUACCAACGGCAGGAAGGUGGCAAACAGCCGCAGCGCAGCAACAGCAACAACAACACCAGCAACAAGCAGCAGUCUCAGGUGGGCGAUGCACCAUCUAAGGGCGGACGUCGUGCUGAGGUCCGUGCCGCCUUCUUGAGCGAGAAAUAUGGACAUCGCUGGCGUCAACAGGUGCUGGAUAAGGAGAAAGUGAUCAAGCCGCUGGUAUUCAAUGCCAAAUGGAUUCAGCCUCUGCUCUUCAAUGCCAAUUCUAGAUUCGGUCGCCAGUUGGCCUGUUCGCUGCUUAGCGGCUUGUGCCGUACCAAUGAACGGAAGCAGCAGGCGCUCAAUAUGCUCACUGGCUUCCUGCGACAUGUUGGCGAAGCAGGAGAGGCCAGUGCCGAGUACUUAACCUUGUAUCGCAGUGUAGCCACUGAGACGCCUUGGCUGCAGUAUCUGGUGUUGCGCGGAGUUCUGGGCGAAAUCUCGCAGCUUUUGGCGGUGGAAAUUGGCAAAAUACAUCGCAUGGAGGAGCAUUCAUUGUCCUCGGAUCUCUCGUUGGGCUAUGCGUUGCGUCAGUAUGUGGAGCUGCUCUGGCUGUUCCUAGAGUGUCCCAACAUUCGGCGCACCUACAAGACUCGUCUGUUGGGUCCCGUGCUGGAGAGCUAUCUAGCUUUGCGCAGCCUGGUUGUGCAGCGUACACGCUUGAUCGACGAUGCUCAGGAGAAGCUUUUGGAAAUGCUCGAGGAGAUGACGAGCGGCACUGAGGAGGAGACGCGUGCUUUCAUGGAAAUUCUGAUUGAUACCGUGGAAAAGACGCGCAUGAAUGAUAUAAAGACACCGGUGUUCAUAUUCGAACGUCUCUACUCGAUAAUACAUCCCGAGGAGCAUGAUGAGAGCGAGUUCUACAUGACGCUGGAGAAGGAUCCACAGCAGGAGGAUUUCCUGCAGGGACGCAUGCUUGGCAAUCCAUACCCCUCCAGCGAGGUGGGCUUGGGUCCGCUGAUGCGGGAUGUCAAAAAUAAAAUCUGCACUGACUGCGAACUGAUCGCGCUACUGGAGGACGACAAUGGCAUGGAGCUGCUAGUGAACAACAAGAUAAUCAGCUUGGAUCUGCCUGUAAAGGAUGUCUACAAGAAGGUGUGGCUAGCCGAGGGCGGAGAUCGUGAUGCCAUGCGCAUUGUGUAUCGCAUGCGCGGCCUGCUGGGCGAUGCCACCGAGGAAUUUGUGGAGACGCUGAACAACAAGAGCCAGGAGCAGGUGGACACCGAACAGCUGUAUCGCAUGGCCAAUGUGCUGGCCGAUUGCAAUGGGCUGCGUGUGAUGCUCGAGCGGAUUGGCAGCCUGCAGCGCAUCUCGCGCCAGCGUGAGCUGAUCCAAGUGCUGCUCAAGCUGUUCCUCAUCUGUGUGAAGGUGCGUCGCUGCCAGAAGGUGCUCUGCCAGCCCGAGGUGGGCGCCAUCAAUACACUGCUAAAGGUGCUCCAAAUGUGCUUGCAAUCGGAAAACGAUUCCAUACAGUCGGCUGUAACCGAGCAACUACUCGAAAUUAUGGAGACCAUACUGUCCAAGGCGGCCAGCGAUACGCUCGACUCUUUUCUACAGUUCUCGCUAACCUUUGGCGGGCCCGAAUAUGUGAGCGCUCUGAUCUCCUGCACCGACUGUCCGAAUGUGCGCAAUAAUCCAUCUGUGCUGCGUCAUCUCAUACGUGUCCUGGCGGCGCUUGUCUACGGCAACGAGGUCAAAAUGGCGCUGCUCUGCGAGCACUUCAAGCACACCCUUGACUUCAAUCGCUUUGACAAUGAGCGCACCACCGAGGAGGAGUUCAAAUUGGAGCUAUUCUGCGUGCUAACAAACCAAAUUGAACACAAUUGCAUUGGCGGCACUCUGAAGGACUAUAUUGUUAGCCUGGGCAUUGUGGAGAGCGCUUUGGCAUAUAUUACGGAGCAUGCACCAUGCGUUAAGCCCACGCUGCUGCGCACGGACUCCGAUGAACUCAAGGAGUUCAUUUCGCGCCCGAGCUUGAAAUACAUUUUGCGCUUCCUGACCGGCCUGGCCAAUCAUCAUGAGGCCACCCAGUUGGCCAUUAGCAAGGACAUUAUACCGAUUAUACAUCGCCUGGAGCAGGUGUCUAGCGAUGAGCAUGUCGGCAGUUUGGCCGAGAAUCUGCUCGAAGCGCUCAGCACAGAUGCGGCGACGGCAUCGCGUGUCCAACAGGUGCGCGACUUUACACGUGCCGAGAAGAAACGUCUGGCAAUGGCGACGCGUGAGAAACAACUGGAUGCCCUGGGCAUGCGAACCAAUGAAAAGGGUCAGGUGACUGCCAAAGGUUCCAUACUGCAAAAAAUCGAAAAGCUGCGCGAUGAGACAGGACUCACUUGCUUCAUUUGUCGCGAGGGCUAUGCCUGCCAGCCAGAGAAGGUGCUGGGCAUCUAUACGUUCACCAAACGCUGCAAUGUCGAGGAAUUUGAACUGAAGUCACGUAAAACCAUCGGCUACACCACCGUGACGCACUUCAAUGUGGUGCACGUGGAUUGUCAUACAUCUGCCAUACGCUUGACGCGCGGUCGCGAUGAAUGGGAGCGUGCCAGCCUGCAAAAUGCCAAUACUCGUUGCAACGGACUGCUCCCACUCUGGGGUCCGGCUGUCGGGGAGGCAGCCUUCUCUGGCUGCAUGACGCGACACAGCAGCUACAUGCAGGAGAGCACUCAGCGCUGCGACAUCUCGUACACGAGCAGUGUGCAUGAUCUGAAGCUGUUGUUGGUGCGUUUCGCAUGGGAGCGCAGCUUCCAUGAUGACGCCGGCGGCGGUGGUCCACAGUCAAAUAUGCACUUUGUUCCGUACCUGCUAUUCUAUGCGGUCUAUUUGCUGCUCUCCUCGCGCUCCGCAGCCCGGGACAGCAAAACAUUGCUAAACUAUUUGACAGCUGCGCCAUCGGAAAAGUGGCUUGAAUGUGGCUAUGAGGUAGAUGGACCACUCUACAUGUUGACCAUAUCGCUGUCGCUGCACAGUCGUGAAUUGUGGAACAAGUACAAGCUGGCGCACCUGAAGCGUCUGGUGGCUGUGGCCCAGGCACGUCACGUUUCACCGUCGGUGUUGUGCAAGGCGCUGCUAUCGCCGGCAGAUCGCCAGGCCAAAGAAUAUAGCGUAUAUAAGCCGUUCCUUAUGAUGUGGGCACUUGUCGAUAUGAUCUACAAUACGCUCUUCAAGACGGUGAACACCGUCAAGGAGGAGGACUGGCCUGCAUCCCUAUUUGAAUACAUACGCAAGAACGACGAGGCCAUGCUUAAGUCAACGGAUAGCAUACUGCAAACACUGACGGAUGAGUUUUUGCCGUGCACCUCGUUUGGCGAGUUCUGUGAUGUGGCGGGUCUUCUCAAUCUAAUCGAGCAGCCAGAUAGUUUCAUUGAAGAUGUGCUAGGCGCCUUGCCCACCACUACCAGCUCUAGUUAAAUUUAAAUGCAGUUCUCAUCAUAUUUAUAUGGAUGCCUUUUGAACACUUAAUAGGGUUCAGUUGUUGCUAUCCGCUAAUAAGCAUAUAUCUAUGCAUAAACUUAUAUAUUUAUCACCUAAAAACUAUUUAAUCAAUAAAAUUAUUCGUUUGCACAAUGAAAGAAAAUGGA